AUGAUGCUACUGCUGUUGCUUCUGCUGCUGCUAAUUACGGCACAGCCGCAGAUACACACACAUACGCACACACAUCAAACGGGACAAGGACAUCUCCGGGCGAUUGAUGAAUGUGUCCUGCAAUCCAUAUCCCAUAUCCAUAUCCAUACCUAUCUCGCGAGCCUGUCAGUCAACCGAUUGGAGAGAGUAAGAAGAAAGGAGAAAGCCGUUGGAUUGAGUGGCGUGUUUCGUUGGAUCUGCACUGCGAUAAGAAAGCCAAAAAAACGCCAGCGCCCGUCCUCGGCCCGUGCUGUGACUGGCUCCCAGCAGAAAAAAAAACCAUGCCCGGGUGCAUAUUGGCAGGGGGGCAUGGCAUGGCAUGGUUUGGUGAAGUGCUGCACGGUGGAGGUUCUUUGA